AUGUCCAAAAAGGCAAGCUGUGGUGGCGUUGCUCGUAAUGAGCAUGGAGAGUGGUUGAAAGGUUUCUCCUACGCAUUAAGCUCAUGCUCAGCAAAAAUGGCGGAGGCUUGGGUGAUUCUAAAAGGAAUCAAGUUUGUAAAGACUCUUGUGAGCAACAACAUCUGCUUCGAAUGCAACUCGAAAAUGAUCACAUACGCAAUCUCUCAAGGAGCAAGACUUGAUAGUACUAUGAACAAUAUUUUGGAUGCAAGCAGACGUGAGCUAAGCAACAUUAGGUCUUGGCACCUCGGCCUCGUCCCAAGAGAUAUUAACCAUGCAGCCGAUCACCUUGCUAAAAUGCGAACGAGGCAGAAAGGAGAUGCAGCUUAUUUUGAGGAAUUGAAGGCUGCAUUUUUUCAGACCAAAGAGGUUUCUCAACUGGUUCAAGUUGUGAUGAAGAUUGACUGCACGUCAAGUCCAUGGUGA